AUGGCAACCUUGGAGCCUCCAGUCAGAAGUGGACUCGUCCAGAUAAUCAGGCACAAGGUUUGUAAGAUGAUGCAGGCUGCUGUAGUGUUUGAGUUACCCCGUGUGUGGCUGAUGUACGUGUUCCUGUGGAUGGUGGCCAUGACGGGAAGCUACAUGCUGGGAUGUAUAACCGUCCACCAGACAAAAACAGUCAGUGAUGUCUUUACACCAGAGAGAGAUAUCGUGCUCUUUUCAAAUUUCGACGAAGACACGAGUAAUUGUUAUCUUCACGGUGAACCUUUUCAAGACUGCCGUGGCACCACGCCAAUCAGACGCUACAACACAUGCGCAGUAGUGGGCGGAAGCGGUAUCAUCAAAGGGACCGGCUGUGGACCGGAAAUCGACCGCCAUGAUUUCGUCAUCCGAUUCAACAUGGCGCCCAUCACCGGAUACGCCAAUGACGUAGGGGUCAAAGUUAACAUGGUAGUAGUGGGCACCUUCAAGCUCCACAUGAUGAAGAACACACUAGAAGCCGAUCCCGACAGCCUCCACACUUUAGCAAAAUGGAAACCAGAGAAGUACAUGUCCAGCAGAGAAGAAAUCCUUUCCAGAUUAAAAAGCUACAACAAUUCGAUCUUCUUUUAUCCCAAGCCUAUCUUUGACCCCCGGUCAGGGCACGGGACUGGACCUGACAUGCAUUUGAAGACUUUGAAUGACAUGUGGAAAGACAUUGGCUUAAACAUUACCAUUACCUACAACCUCUUUAACCUGAAGGACAUAACAGUCCAGAUGCUUGAACAGCUGUACCCAAGGUUCAGAGCGCCCUCUGUCGGCAUCAUCACGUACCUGCAGGCUCUCACGUUCUGCGAUCACGUGAAUCUGUACGGCUUCUACCCUCUACCACGGGACCCUUUGAACAGAGUGGUUCCUUUUCAUUACCAUGACGAUCUUUUACCUGUGUAA